GGAUGCGUUUCCUUAUUUGACAGCGAGGGUUGUUGUCAGAACAUUCACAACAAGGUAGAUGCUGAAAGAAUAAAUGCAGCAAUCGAAAGGAAUUCACGGCAACUCUACAAAAGAAAAAGUGUUUUGAUCUCACUGAGCGUUAAUAUUUUUGCCACAAGAGUAUUGAUUCAACGCCGAAUUCAUGUUUUUGUCGCUACCUUUCAAAGCGCCCAAGGAUUUGUUGUCAACCAGCAAUACCUACAGUAAGCUGUCUAGCUAACUAGCUAGCUAGCUGGGUACCUCAAUGGCCAAGUGUCUCUGAUUUUAAUAAGCUGGCUGGCUGGCUAGCUUACAAGUUAGCUGGCUAGCUGGCUAGCCAAUGUUUCCGACUGAGUGUAAUGGAACGUUAGUUAUUUAGCUUAAAUGCUACACAAGUGCAUCAAAAUAAGUUAUUAAAGUGUAUUAAUUAGCCUAGCUAGUUUGCUAGCCUCAACGCUUGGAAGAAUGAGUAGAAAACAUCAUCAUUUCAAAGGAGCAGAAGUAAGCUGCUGCGUGAAAUACUUUUUGUUUGGAUUUAACAUCAUAUUUUGGUUACUUGGAGCUUCGUUCCUUGCAAUAGGACUGUGGGCAUGGGCGGAAAAGGGGGUGCUGUCCAACCUGUCGUCCAUCACAGACCUGGGGGGUUUCGACCCCGUGUGGCUCUUCAUGGUGGUGGGCGCGGUCAUGUUCGUCCUGGGCUUCGCCGGCUGCAUCGGCGCGCUCCGGGAGAACACCUUCCUGCUCAAGUUUUUCUCCGUGUUCCUGGGCCUGAUCUUCUUCCUGGAGCUGACGGCCGGCAUCCUGGCCUUCGUCUUCAAGGACUGGAUCAAGGACCAGCUCAACCUCUUCAUCAACAACAACGUCAAGGCCUACCGGGACGAUAUCGACCUGCAGAACCUCAUCGACUUCGCCCAGGAAUACUGGUCCUGCUGUGGAGCUCACGGGCCAAACGACUGGAACCUGAACAUCUACUUCAACUGUACUGAGCUCAACCCCAGCAGGGAACGCUGCGGAGUGCCCUUCUCCUGCUGUGUGAAGGAUCCGGCUGAGGACGUCCUGAACACACAGUGUGGCUAUGACGUCAGGCUUCAAGGGGAGCUGGAUCAGCAGAAGUAUAUCUACACAAAGGGCUGCGUGGGCCAGUUUGAAAAGUGGCUUCAGGAUAACCUCAUUGUGGUGGCUGGAAUGUUUGUGGGCGUUGCACUUUUACAGAUCUUCGGGAUCUGCCUGGCCCAGAACCUGGUGAGCGACGUCAAAGCCGUCAAGGCCAACUGGUGAUGUGGUCAAACUGAGGAGAUGGAACCCCAUGCUGCCAAGCCCCCCCCCACCACCACCACCACCCCCCCCCCCCCCCCCCCAUCCAUCCCUCCCUCUAAUUGUUCAGAGACUCCUAAGAGCACUUGUUUACUGUCUUGCCAGGCAAGGGUUUACACAAACACACACACAACCAGGGGACCCCUGUGGAUGUCUUAUUAAGCCAACUGGAGGAUCAGACUCCACUUCUAGAUCCUUCUUUGAUUCCCGUCUUCAGUGAGGUGUGUUGUUGGACAGCUACCAGACUGGAAGAAAAGGGAUCAGGCCUCUCAUCUGAGUUCAUGAGUAGCAUAGUUGCUUCAUUCCUCUCUAAGGUAUUUGACAAGCCGUUCUGAAAUGCCUUUAAGGUGUGGUUGUUAAGGACUACCCCACUAAGACUCCCCCCUCCAGGAUGUGAAGAGAUGGGUUCUGACUGCCUAUCUUUCUCACUGAGUCAUUUGAUGUCAUAUUGACCUUGUAUGAUGUAUACACCACUAAGGAACAAUCUGGUAGGCAUGAAGCCACUUUUGCUAAACCCCCUUGCCAGAGAACAGGAGCCAGCUAUUGUACAUCUCUUCUACCAGGCCAAGAGGGAACAUUCCUAUCGAAGAAUUUCAGAUGUGUGUUGAUUUACUUAUAUAUAUAUAUUAUUUAAUUUUUUUCCUUGACAUGGAGAUGUUUUCAGCCAAGGGCCCCGUUGUUGUCUCACGCCAGAGAGGUGUCGCACUAUGAUGACAUCAUCGUAUCACCUGGGCAGGCGGGCGCGGGGUGGGGGGGAGGGGUCCAGUCUGUGUCCUCUCCUGGCCUGAGAAGGUCAAGCGGUCACAUUCAUGUCUCUUCCCAGGCCUCUGUACCACAUCAGAACCUGUUGAGUCGAGUCACACACACACACACACAGACACACACACACACAGACAGAAGGAGGACCGCGUCCCCAGUUCCACUCUGUUCUCCAUGCUAGGUUCCUGCUGGUUCCCAUUGGGACUCAGCAGCACUAGCUGUGUUCUCUACUGUUCCAGGUUCUGGAAGUGGCUAGGGAACUAUGUGGGAGGGCAGUGUUUUGGGGAGGUCCACCUCUGGUUGUUCUCAGAACAUCUCUACAGCCCAGGGUGAGGCAGAUAUGGGCACUGAAUACUUGACUUACUGAUCCAACUCUGGUCUUCUGCAUCCAUGAUCCCUGUGUCCUCCAGCACCAUUUGAAAGCUCGGGGACAAGCCAGUUAUCUGUAAUCUACUCUUUUUUUUUCCUCUUUUGUUUGCCUUGGUGUUUUACUUACUCGUGUCUGUACCUAACCUUUCUACUAAAGGUAUCUCGUAAAUAACUGCUCUUAUUUUUUUUUUCUGUAAUUAAUAACACAGAUAGAUUAGUCUCUUUAUGAUAGCAAGAUAUCUCUAAAAUAACAUGAAUGCUGCUUUGAUGUUGACUUAGAUACUUCAUAUAUCCAGUAACCAGACUAAUCUAACAUGGUGAUGGUAAAAAAGAAAAGAAAAAUAAUGCCAUAUUAUGAUAAUAGUUACUAUGCAUAAAGCUGAGGUAUCAUGGAGUACUUUCUACUUGUUUGUACUCUGUCAGUACAAAGUUUACACUUUGUAUUCCCUGUGUAAAUGUCCUGUCUGGGAAGCAUCUCCAGUCGUGUCGUGUCUGCGUACCUCGCAGGCCAGUGAGGGCAGCUGCAGGCAUGGCCACUGUAGGGCAGGCUGGCUCCUUGGGGCCCCACACCCAGAGGCCAUGUAUGACCACUAAACCCAUAGCUGUUCAUGUUCUGGAGCCAAUGUGUAGCUGUUCAGGGAGCUGUGUCGCCCCCCCCCCCCCCCACACACACACACAGACACACCCCACACAUGCACACACAUGCACACACAUGCACAGCA